UCCAUCCAUAGUCUCUAUAGUCUCUAUUCUCCACCUCACUUCAUUCCUCCUUUCCUUUUUUUUUUCUCUCUCUUGAGUCUGAAAUGACCACCACCAUUAUCUUGAACUCGCUCCUUCCUCCUCCUCCUCCUCCUCCUCCUCCUCCUCAGACUCACUCACCCUCCGGGUUAACUCGUUACACGACGUCGUUCCCUCUCCGCUACUCAACUACUAUUUCUUGCAAUGUUCAAACGACUAAAGCUUUUGCAGUUCCUAGGAGGAAUGCAGUGGCCUUGAUUUUGUCAAGUUAUUUCUUCUCAGGAGUUGGUUUGCAUGAUGCUGCAUUUGCUCAACCAUCCAUUGGACUCAGAGAAUACAUAGAUACUUUUGAUGGUUAUUCAUUCAGGUACCCUCAGAACUGGAUUCCAGUCCGAGGUGCUGGGGCUGACAUAUUUUUCAGGGACCCUUAUGUUCUUGAUGAAAAUAUUUCUGUGGAGUUGUCCUCUCCCUCAUCCUCCAGGUACAAGAGUGUUGAAGACUUGGGUCCACCUCAAGAAGCUGGAGAGAAAGUACUUAAGCAGUACUUGACAGAGUUCAUGUCUACCAGGCUUGGCGUCAAGCGUGAAUCAAAUAUUCUAUCCACAUCUUCCAGAGUUGCUGAUGAUGGGAGAAUUUACUAUCAAGUUGAGGUGAACAUAAAGUCAUAUGCAAGCAACAAUGAGCUGGCUGUUAUGCCUCAAGACCGUGUGGUUAGUUUGGAAUGGGACCGGCGCUACCUUUCAGUUCUUGGAGUUGAAAACAACCGGCUGUAUGAAUUGAGACUGCAAACACCUGAAAAUGUGUUCUUGGAAGAGGAAAAUGAUCUUCGCCAAGUCAUGGAUUCCUUUAGGGUAAACAAGGUGGUUGGUUAACCGAUGCUACCUUUAAAAAUUUUUGUUCCCCCCGUGCAUUGUGUCGAGUUUGUAUUGAGCAGUAAUGAUAAAGAGGAGAAUAUCAAAACUCUUGGUAGGAAAAGCUUGUCCUACAUGCUAGCUUCUUUCAUAUGAAUUUAAUUGAGUGGAAACUGAAGACAGAUUAACUCAACAUGACCAAUUUGGGUUUCUUCAAAUGUAACUAGGCUUCUGCAGGAACAAAAUGUUAAAAGGAGAGAUUGAUUCACCAGCUAAUGAUAAAUCCUGGUGCUCUGAAGGAGUAACUCAACA